CUGCUAUCGAACUUUUUCAGGUCAAAGAUCGACAACAUUCUCUCUUCGCUCCUCUAUAGCUGCUUGAAGAGGCUUUACCAUGGCAGCCUUCUGUGCCAGUUCUGCUAGGCUAGCUCUACCUACCCUUCUACGCAACGUUUAUCGCUCCGAGUUUGCCUCUGAGCUUCAUUCCUCCCGUCCCGUCUCUCUGCGUCAGGUGUCUUACUCCCAUCACCGUUUUAGCAAUGGCCGGAGUUUUGCUUCUCUCUCGAGGCUACUUGCUUCUCAACCAGGAUCACACGCAAACUCACAGCCAUCUUCGCCACCAGCCAUCACUGAAUCAAGUUCAGAACAACUAGAUGCCGCUAGGGACGGUUCUGUUGGUGGAGCGCCUGCAAAGGAUGCAGCAGACCGUCGUGAUCGGCGGCACCCAAAUAAACCUGCGAGAAAGAUGAAGAAGGCAAAGUUUGCAUCAUCAUCAUCAUCAUCAUCAUCAUCAUCAUCGCAAGCAGAACCUGAUGCAGCCGCUGUCAAAUCCUCUCGCGAUAAGAAACAUGCACGCAGUGACCGUACCUCCCCGGAUUACAAACCUAAGAAGAAGAAGGAGCACUGGCAAGUUCAAAAAGAAGCCUUGAAGAAGAAAUUCAAGGAUGGAUGGAAUCCAUCUAAAAAGCUUUCGCCCGACGCUCUCGAGGGUAUCCGCCACUUACAUGCCGUAGCUCCGGACAAGUUUACGACCCCUGUCCUUGCCGAGCAAUUCCAGGUAUCACCGGAAGCCAUCAGGCGUAUUUUAAGAAGCAAAUGGCGUCCUUCCGAAGCAGAAAUGGAGGACCGGCGCAAGCGAUGGGAGAAGCGGCAUGAUCGAAUCUGGAGUCAUCUAUCGGAGCUAGGUCUCCGACCGAAAACAAAACGCACAGAGGCCUUAGACGACUCAAACAUACUGUAUGGUAAGGGUGAAAAAGGCAACAAACCGUCGGAGUAAUCUGUUGUCGUGUUUCAGAGAAUCAUGAAAGCAUCGUGCAUAUUGAAGAGACAUAUAAUACAGCUAAUAGUACAUAAUAACGCCCAAAAUUAUUAUUACUAUUUCUCUUCUUAUUCUCUUCCUCCCUAUCUCUUUUUUCGUUUAUUUUUUGUUUUUAUUUUUGUCUUCUUUUUCCUUUCUCCUUACCCCAUGGUCUUUUGAAAUUCCCGGCAUUGUGCAGAAUCCCUAAGUUACUAGGCUCCAUAAUUAAUGUGUCCCUUUUGCGGAGAUAUGUUUUACCAAGUGAUUCUUCUGUAUCACGUAAAACAAGCCCUAUUGUUUUUUUUAGACUAAAUUCUAC